GAGGGUGGGAUGCAAGACAGCAUGCGAGAGCUAGCAAAAGAGAAGGGUUGGCUCACUCACCAUGCAGUCAGGCAGUGCGAGCAUCGGAACCGUUUGACAGCAUUUGAUGACAAAACCCGUUCUGAACUUCUAUCUAUCGGCACCUCAACGUUCUAUUGCGAUCAAACGUGCAUUGAUGGGAGAAACUCGCUGCACAUUUGAGGGGGGCAUGUGCACAUUUCAAGACACAUGCAAAUCUAUUUCAGGAUCAGGACGAAUCCAGUGACCACAACGCCUUUGAAAGAGGAAAUGUCAAAGCAGUAGUAGAGUAUGCUGCUUCGCCAAUACGGUAUAACGCACUGCUCAGGGUGGACGAGCUGAUGUUGUCCUCGUGACUGAGAUUUUGACGACUUUCCACGUUGCAGUGCACGCAUAGAUGUUUUUCUACAGUAAAUACUCGCUCCUAUUUAAGACUAUGGUUCGUGUCUGACGUUAUUUAUUUCUAGUGGACACGACAGAAUGCGUUCUAUGUAUCUUCAACAGCAGCGCUUCUGUAAAGGUACAGGCGUGCGGCGUUGCAUAUGAUCUAAAGAGAAAGCAUGGUUUUAUCCAGCGUCCUUACCAACCUUGAACUUCCUCAAUACAGCAUCUGCAUACCACAGUCUGGGAGACUCGACGCUUGGAUGUCAACAGUAGCCCCCCCACAUCAGCGCUAGAGAAGCGUUCCUCCGGCAUCUCAGUGGUGCUGAAAGAACAGCUCCUUGUUUCAGGGCUCCCAAAGUUGACUUCCACUGAAAGCAUCUGCUUUUCACUGCAAUUACAGCCGACAGCCGAAGUAGCUAAAGUACUCCAAAUGCAUUAUUAUUUGGCUUAACGGCUUCUGCCCAACUGUUCUAUUAGGGUUCAUGGCUGUGGCACGCAAAAUAAAAACUUUGCUCACGGUUAACAUUUUUGUUUUUGUGGGGAUCAUAUUGUUCUCGGUAUAUUGUAGAAUACAGGACCGUUCUGAGGAACUCAUUCAGAUCGGCAGGAUAUCAGACCAGAGACUGAGGGCCAGGAAUGGCAAAGUUUCCAACUUGGUGGACAGGCAGUCCAUACUUCAGAGAUUGGAGCGGCUGGAGGACGUUGUGUACAACCAAUUAAAUGGUCUGGCUAAGCCCAUGGGGCUGGUGGAGGGGCCUGGAGGUCUGGGCCAGGGAGGAGCAGCUGCUACUCUGGGGGACAACAGCCAUGUUGACGGGGAGGGGAAGUACGAGGACUAUGGCUACAACGCCCAGCUCAGUGACCGCAUCUCCCUGGACCGCAGCAUCCCCGACUACAGACCCCAAAAGUGCAAGCAGUUGACCUACCCAGAGGACCUCCCUCAGAUCUCAGUGGUGUUCAUCUUUGUGAACGAGGCCUUGUCGGUCAUCUUGCGGUCCGUUCACAGCGUGGUCAACCACACCCCUGCACACCUUCUCAAGGAGAUCAUCCUGGUGGACGACAACAGCGACAGUGGUAAGACUUCUAGUCUCGAUGCUUCUUCAGUAUAA